AGACCAUGCUGUUCUCCCGCCUCGAUUGCUCGUUCCCUGCCUACUUCUACACCCAGCCCAUGGCUACUGGACCUGGCUUCUACGACAACUUGUGCCCCCAGUCCUGGCAGGAUGGCUCCGCUGCCACCUUCACCCUCCAGGAUCCCCACCAGCAGACCUUCGAUUGCCCGGGAAACUAAGCUAUCCGUUUGUAUAUGUGAUUACGUAAACGGUUUCGAAAAACUUC